AAUAUCUUGUCUCGAGCGCAAGCGCGAUCACUUCAUGUUCUCUUCUCCUACAAGCUGAUCUGCUCUGCCCAGAGAGAGUCGUCCAAUUCUUUAAAUCCUAAAUGGCACCAAUGUCUCCAGAAUUGCCUCCGCAGGAGGCUUCCUGUUCCUCCCGAGCAGUUUCCCCAGAGACGUUAUCGCAGCGACAAGCCAGUUCGCGAUCGGUCUCCCCCGAGCUGGCCUCCUCCUCCCUCCCCAUCUCCCAGCUGCCCGAGUCUGUCAAACAAUUCUUCAUGUCUGUACCGACAGACGGCUUUCCUACCCCGAAGAAACAAAAGUCUCAACCGUGGAAGAAAGUCUGGAAGGGCCCCCAAGAGCCAACGGAUGACGGAAAGCUACUUGUUGCUUGCCCCUCGAUAUGUACAUAUGGAAGUAAUAACCUUGGUGGACUGUGACCCGGCGGAUUUAUUCGAGAGCCUAAUGUGAUACGAGCGUUUUCUUUCUUUCCACAUGUCUCGUGAGGAUGAUUUGUCAAUGCGCGAGGUACAUUAAAUUCAGAGAAUUGCCAAUGAGGCCCUACAAUUCAAGCGCUUUGCUGCAACCCCG